AUGCCUCGUCGUCGCAGUAACCCACGCAAACACACGCACGCUCGUGCACAAAACCCAGACACCAUGUCGAAGCCGACAGAAGCAUCAUCGUCAAUCCCAUUGCUGGACAUGAUCCAGGAAUCCUCCUGCAACUUCCCCCCUCGACGAAACGCCAACCGAGGAUUCGCACAGCUACCGCACGAUAUUGCCCUGUGCAUCCUUGACGAACUGAGGGAUCCCAUCGACCGGGUAUGCUUCGCUCUCAUGACCAAGUCACUGUGGCCGCUGAUGCGCGCAAAACUGCGUCUCGAGCAGUUCAGCCUCCCCGCCGUUCUCCCACCGCGAGUGACCGUACAGCGAGGCGUCAUACAGAACUGGCCCGUUUUCACGUCUCUGCGCUGGAAGCUCCUCGAAAGACUCGAAGACAACCAUUGGAAGUGUUGCGCGGGCUGUGUGCGUCUCCAUCCCAGGCGUGACUAUUUCUACAGCGAGCUCUAUCGUCCGCCCAAAGAUCGGUUCUGCAAGACGCCGGGCUUGAUUCAGUUGUGUGCUCACAUCUACCUGACAUACAAGAAAUGCGCGAGCCUGCAAAAAGCACUGGCUGACGCGCCGGCCGAAAGCAAUACGAAGGCUGUUGGUGACGUUGCCAUGAACGAGGCUCUGCGCCAUGAGUGCCAUUUGGUGACAGACGGGGUGAAGUUGACGUUUUCUGUGCAGCCGUUCUUGUCCCCUCGAUUCAGACAGCUCAUGCUACACAAUACCUACAACGUCAAGGGUUUCCAGUCCGGGAAGCUCAAGGAAUGCCUGCAGAAGUUUGGCAACGGUAUUUUCCUUCCCUGCCCGCAUCGAGGCAUUCUCACACACUGUUUGGACAUGACGUGCGAGGGCCCCUGGGAUUCAACUAUGGUGGAUGGCGAUAGCAAGGACACCAGCAAAGCCAUGUGCAUGGGCUGCGACACGCUGUACUUCAAGUUUCAGACUUUUACCCACUCCAUCUCACAAAAGCAGAUGCAUGAGUUUAUCGCUCAGCGGUUCAUUGGCGACUACUCGGCCUUGGGCGAGUGCAAGGUAGGGCGCGGCAAUCCGGAUGUGCUACAGGCCUGGCUGAACAAGACAAAUCUGGCCAAUGUGCUCAAGGUGGAUUCUAUACAUGAUCGGUGCCACAAAUGUCGUGGCAAGGAGGGCAGGUAUUGCGCAAAACUGAGCUUUAUUCGCUUCACUUGUCCAUCGUGGAAGGUGUCGUUGCCGGAUACAAGAUGGAAGCAAAUCCAGUAA